UGGGAGGAGUGGCUGGCCGUCCUGGCAGGGAAUGAUGGGUGCGUCGGUCUCAACACAUCUAGAAGGCUCUGGAUUGAGCCCAGCUGGGGUGGGGAUGCGGGUGUAUUGUGCAUUUUCUAACAUGCAACCAGCGCCCAUCUUGACCAGCCAUCUCGGUCCCUCCCAGGCUCUGACUGCUCCCGGUCCCCACGGAAGCCAUGUGGUUGAUCCAGCUCCUGGCGCUCUGCGCGCUCGUUACGGCCGUGCCGUCCAGUGACAAGAAGAAGGGCGAGAAGAAACCGGCUUCGGAAGAGAGGAAGCUGAGUGAGAAGGCCGCCGCCCUGGCUGACCGCAGCGCCACCCUGGCCUUCAACCUCUACCACGUGAUGGCCAAGGACAAGAACCUGGAGAACAUCCUGGUGUCUCCUGUGGUGGUGGCGUCUUCCCUGGGGCUGGUGUCUCUUGGGGGGAAGGCCGCCACGGCUUCCCAAGCCAAGGCCCUGCUUAGCGCCAGCAAACUGAACGACGAUUACGUCCACGGCGGGCUCUCGGAGUUCCUCAACGACGUCAGCAACGCCACGGCCCGGAACGUCACCUGGAAGCUCGGCAGCCGCCUCUACGGGCCCAGCUCCGUCAGCUUUGCCGACGACUUCGUGCAGAGUAGCAAGAAGCACUACAACUACGACCACGCCAAGAUCAACUUCCGAGACAAGCGGAGCGCCCUGAAGUCCAUCAACGAGUGGGCCGCCCAGACCACGGAAGGCAAGCUGCCCGAGGUCACCAGGGAUGUGGAGAAGACCGACGGGGCCUUGAUCGUCAACGCCAUGUUCUUCAAACCGCACUGGGAUGAGAAGUUCCAUCACAAGAUGGUGGACAAUCGUGGCUUCAUGGUAUCGCGUUCGUACACAAUCGGCAUUUCCAUGAUGCACCGCACAGGACUGUAUAAGUACUACGAGGACGAGGACGAGAAGCUGCAGAUGGUGGAGAUGCCGCUGGCCCACAAGCUCUCCAGCCUGAUCAUCAUCAUGCCGAACCACGUCGAGCCCCUGGAACGGCUAGAGAAGUUGCUCACCCGGGAGCAGCUGCAGGUUUGGCUGGGCAAAAUGAAGGAGCGGUCCGUGGCCGUCUCCCUGCCCAAGGUCAGCCUGGAAGUCAGCCACGACCUUCAGAAACACUUGGCUGAUCUUGGCUUAACUGAAGCCGUGGACAAAAACAAAGCAGAUCUGUCGAAGAUUUCUGGCAAGAAGGACCUGUAUCUCUCCAACGUCUUGCAUGCGGCGGCCCUGGAGUUGGACACGGAAGGGAACCCCUUCGAGUCAGACCUCUACAGCCGCGAAGAAAUCAGGAACCCCAAACUUUUCUACGUCGACCAUCCUUUCGUUUUCCUCAUCAAGGACAAUAAGACCAACUCCGUCCUUUUCAUUGGCAGACUAGUUAAACCAAAAGGAGACAAAAUGCGUGAUGAAUUGUAGUUUUUCUGCAGGUUUAUGUACGUUUGUUGCUUUUUUAAAAAAAAAAGUUGAGACAAUGGGUGCCUUUUCUGAACCGGUGCUCCUCUGCCGUUGACCCAUUAAAUUUUGGAGGUCACCAACAGUGGUGAGAUGUGAAGUGCAAACAAGGGAAGUGGCGAAGGAUGAGGGCGUAACUCCCCCCGUGCCCCUUUCUGCCCCCGUCUAAGAGCAUUUUAUCUCUUUGAUUAGUUUUAUCUUCCCUGGAAAUUCACUGCAGCCCAAGGCUAGGAAGAUGUGAGGUUCCUAGGCUCCUCUCAGGAAGAGUGG